GGGCGCCGAGCCGCGCCGCAGCAGCAGCAGCAGCAGCAGCAGCAGCACCGCGCCCGCGGCGCCGGAUCCCCCGUGGCGGCAAAACCCAGUUCUUCAGUAUCUGAGGAUGGAUAAAGACUUCCGCUACUACUUCCAGCACCCGUGGUCUCGCUUAGUUGUGGCUUACUUAGUGAUCUUCUUUAACUUCUUAAUAUUUGCUGAGGACCCAGUAUCUCACAGCCAGACAGAAGCCAAUGUUAUUGUUGUUGGUAAUUGUUUCUCCUUUGUAACAAAUAAAUACCCUGAAGGAGGAGGCUGGAGAUUUUUGAAGGUGUUUCUGUGGCUCCUUGCCAUUCUCACAGGACUAAUAGCUGGGAAAUUUCUCUUCCAUCAGCGCUUGUUUGGUCAGUUGCUCCGUCUGAAAAUGUUUCGAGAGGACCAUGGGUCUUGGAUGACAAUGUUCUUCAGUACCAUCCUCUUCCUCUUCAUAUUUUCUCAUAUUUAUAACCUGUUCCUCAUUAUGGCGGGGAAUAUGAGUGCAUAUAUUAUAACAGACUUCAUGGGCAUCAGAAAUGAAAAUUUUAUGAAGGUAGCUGCAGUUGGGACUUGGAUGGGAGAUUUUGUCACAGCGUGGAUGGUCACAGAUAUGAUGCUUCAGGACAAGCCUUACCCAGACUGGGGAAAGUCUGCCAGAGCUUUCUGGAAGAAAGGAAACAUUAGGAUCAUUUUAUUCUGGACAGUUCUGUUUACUCUGACCUCUGUAGUUGUGCUUGUCAUCACUACUGACUGGAUCAGCUGGGACAAACUGAAUCGUGGAUUUCUCCCAAGUGAUGAGGUCUCAAGAGCCUUCUUGGCUUCUUUCAUCUUGGUGUUUGACCUUCUUAUUGUCAUGCAGACUGUGUGUUGGAGAAUACUUCCCAGACUUCCCAGACUGUGCCGGGUGACAUUUCUGAAGGCAGCUGCUUGGUGGUGCCCCAGACACCUGCAACUGCCACCUCCCAGACAAGAACUGCAGCAUGUUCUUUUGGCUGACUGGGAGUUUCCACAUUUUAUGGGUGAUGUUGAAGUGAAUCUUCCAGGCUUGCCCUCAGCACACAUGCAAUUCAAAGUACCUUAUUUCCAAAAGAUACUGAAAGAGGAAUAUCACAUACACAUAACAGGCAAAUGGUUUAACUAUGGAAUUAUCUUCCUCGUUUUAAUCUUGGAUCUGAAUAUGUGGAAGAACCAAAUAUUUUACAAACCUCAUGAAUAUGGUCAAUAUAUUGGUCCUGGACAGAAAAUCUACACAGUGAAGGACUCAGAGAGCUUGAAAGACCUUAACAGAACUAAGUUAUCUUGGGAGUGGAGAUCCAAUAACACUAACCCAUUGACAAACCGGACCUAUGCCGAAGGGGACAUGUUCUUGCACAGCAGGUUCACAGGCUCCAGCCUUGAUGUCAAAUGCCUGGCUUUUAUUCCAAGUUUGCUGGCUUUUGCUUUGUUUGGUUUCUUCAUCUGGUUCUUUGGGCGAUUUCAGAAAACUGACCAAGGCAUGGAGAAUUUAGACAAAUCGUACACAAGAAUGAAACGAAAGUCACCCUCAGAUAUGGGAAUGACACGAGAAAAUACACAGGUGUUAGAGGAACCAUUGAAUUUUCAAGAACCACAUCUGGUAUCCAUAAAAUCAGACUUAAGUGAAAUAGUUUUUAAUUCUUCUCUCCUAACUUCUGAAAACUUGAACGCACAACUGAAUGAACAAGACAGCCCUUUACAGCCGGUACCAGAGUCCUCUGUCCCUAAGAAUAAUCCUGUGACAUAGAGGAAAAUACCCAGGAAAAUCAGUUUAAAUAAGCAGUUACUCUAGGAUUUCAGUUUUACCUUUUGUAAGUUAAGAUUUACAUAGUGUUUAGAAUAAGAAACUCAACCUAUACCAAGAGGUGCUCAGCAUGCUUUUUCUAGGAAUUUUGUUUUUUAUUUGUAUUAUAGUAUGUGCCUAUUGUAUAUCUAACAUUCCUUUAUAGAUUGCUUCCCAAAAUUGCACAAGUUAUUUAUUAAUACAUUACCUUAACUGUAUAAUAGUGUAUUAGAUGAUUACUUGCAGGUUUAAAAUUCUACCGUGGUGGUGCCUUGAGACAUUAAACUGUUUUUUAACUCAAUGCCAAGUGUAUAGCACAGUUCUUCUCAUCUGUUUUGAAAAGCUUUUUGUAUAUGGUUGUUUCAAGUAUCAUUUGAUGUCUUAACAGAGGAGAUAAAUAUAGUUAUUGCUAAAGAGGGUUUUCUGUUAGGACUUCACAACUUGACUUUGUUAUUUACUCAUCUGUGAAGUCCCAGAUUCUGAUGACCAGACUGCAGAGAAGCAUGUUGAUUACCUUUUAAUUUUUCUGGCUAGCUGCCAGACACAAAUACAGAUUUAUUAUGCAGUAAACAGCAGAGACAUAAUACUGCAUGGGUCACUAGUUGAGAAAAUAUGAGUUUCUCCAUCAGUAAUAGCAAUUAUGUGAUAAUGCCUAAUUAUGUUUUUCUUAAUUAAAGAUAAACUGCUCCUUGAUUUAAAGUUUUGCCCUUCACCUUUCAGAAACAGAGGUGAAAAUACACAGUUGAAGCAACUCUUUUUGUCAUCACACCAAGCCUAUGCAACAUCAAAGAGCCAAUGGAGUGAUUACAGUAAAGGACACAAAGCCCAUUAAAUCCAAUAUUUUUUCAAUUCAGUACAGAUAUGGUCUGGGUAUAUGUGAAACAUACAUACAUACGAACAUAUAGUCUAAUUUCGCCAAAUACUGAAGAAACGUUGAAGGUUUUUAAUUAAAAUAUAUUAAUAGUUGAAGUUUAUUGAACCUUUUUUACUCUUUUUCUUUUUUUUGUCCUUCAUUUGUUUUCCAAGAGUAUUCAUAACUUGGAAUCAGAAAUAAAGGGAAACUGGGAUUUUUGCCUUUUGAAGGGGACUUCAUAAUGUGAAUUUCUCUGCUGCAUGAUCAAACUAUAUGCACUAGAGAAAUUGCAUAUCUAAAACAUCUGAAAGACUCUGAUUUACCUCUAAUUUAGUUCUAUAAAAUUGUUGUUACAAGUUACCAAAUUAUAAGUCAUUUUUAAGACUGAAUUAUUUCCCUGUCACUUUCUGGUGUUGCUGUAUUUUGUCUUUGUGACUUUUUUAUCUCUGUUGGUUUUGAUCUAUUUGCUUUUAAGUUUUCAGAAUGCUGAAUUUAGCAUGCAUAAUAGAACUAUGCAUUUAUUUACUGUCACUUGAGAGCCAAUUUUAAUAAACAUCAUUCAACAAUUGUUUAUUAUGAGACAGGAACACACUCUGUUAGUUUUGCAAUUUUUUAAAACAGUUUGCCCAUGCCGUAUUUCAAUUGAUAGAUAUUUCUGACACUAAAAAAGAGAGACAGCAUCACAGUGAUGUCAAAAUCAAAUACUUUGUUUAUGAAAUAUUUAAUAUUUUAUCAGGAAAAAAAUUAUAAUCAUACUAAUUUUUUAUCCAUUAAAAAUUAUGCCUAAACCCAAAUCUAUUCGCUUUUGUCUACUGCAGCUAUAAACUUGUUUAAUUGACUUAUGAUAUAAUGAAAGACAAGACAUUAAUAAGUAAUGAUAAAACAGUGUGAGAUCCUGCUUGUAAUCCGCUAUAUAAGAGGUGAUAUACUGAUGUUUGACAUUCAAACAGCAUUUGAUUUCUUAAGUAGUUACAGAAAUAUCAGUUUAAUUUUGCAGAUACAUGCUUCUCUGUCUGUUUUGGACACUGUAAACCCAAGUACUGAAAAUCUCUUGUUAACUCAUUUCUCUAUUUGUGCAGAAUAGUAGUUAAAUACAUUAAUAUGUAGGCAGAAAAAUGAAAUAAUUACUUGAGCCUUACAGCCUGCAUGAUUACUUGACUCUGAAGAAACUGUUAUUAAGCAACUGAUUUCACAGCUAAAAUAAUUCCUUGACCUCAUAUUGAGUUAAUGCUUUUAAGGUCAUUAUAUGCCUUCAUGAAGAAGAGAAAAGCAUCGAGUAAUCCUAGACUUUGCAUGAGUAUUUAAAUUAAUGGUCAAGCAUAGAGAAUGCUUAUAUUAUGAAUUUGUAAGAAGUUUAAAGAUUCAGUGUAACCAAUCACCAUGGUCAAGUAAUCUAGUUAAUUAAUGGAGAAAGGACUUCUCAGUCAUGUAGGAGUCUCAUUUGUAAUCAGACAUAGAUAGAAGAAGAGAGGAGUAUUUUCAUUCUCCAUUUUCAGUGAUGGGUUUGGGAAGCCUGAGUCAGGUGGCACCAUCUGAAACAGGCAGAGACUUGGGAGCCAAACACCCUAAAGAUGAUUCUAGCUCAGUUAUUUACUUCCUGCAUGACUGAGUAGUGCAACCCAGCAGGAGCAGGUUUGUGGAGUGCUGAGGACCCAGUGCCCACUGUUUGUGCAUUUCAGGGGUUUACAUCAGUGCAGCUCUUGUUUGGUCCUGAUAGAAAGAGCAAUAGCAGCCUCCCUGAGCUGGAGGAGAGUAAGCAAGCACAAUCAUAACUUUAUCCUGAGCUGAGCUGCUAAUGCAGUGUCAUUCUGAGUCUUCUUCCCAAAAUGGAAAUAUUCCUCCUCCAAGCACAUUCAUUGCUGUCAAUUAUUGUUCACUUUUAACAAUCUGAAAUGCUUUGCUAACUCAAAACAGUCUGAACUGCUUUCUAAUCUAGUAUCCAUAGCUGGGACCUUAAUAUAGAAAUUUCACCUUCUCCUGAAAGCAUAACUAUUGGAUAAAAUUUUUAGGCUUCCAUUUCUUUUCCUGAGGACAUUGAAAAAUCCAUAGGAGGGGAGAAACUUGAGGAAGUGUCAGUUUUUUCACAAACUACACAUCUCCAUUCUGCCCUCCAUAAUGAGCCAUCUAGCAGCUGCCAUCACUACAGGGCUGGCUGGUGUCUGCUUUGUCAAAGAUCAGAUUUGGUACAAGACAUUUUUUUUAUUUUUUUUUACCAUAGAUGCAUUGUACAGUGAUGGAUGAUAGAAACCACCUAAUACAGUAUAUAUACAGAAGAUACAUCUCUAGUAUAAGCACAUAUGAUUUAUGAGCCCAUAGGUGCCCAUAAAUUGCCUUAGCAUUCUCAACAAUUACCUUUACUGAAAUGGAAAUGACAUGAAGCAAAUAGAAGGUAAGAAUUUUUGUAGAAAGAACCUUAAUAUAAUAUUCAUGCUUAUGGAAGUGUAUAGAUUAAAAAAACACAUCUAUAAAAUGUAUAUGUGUAUGUACAUUAGGAGCCCAGGGAUUAGUUGAUUUUGUUGGAAAAACUGCUGGGUUUCUCAAGGCAAUUUACUACUGCCCUUUUUAUGCUACAUUGCUCCAUCAGUUACUUACUCCAGGUUGUUUCAUCUCCUCAGCCUCUACUUAUUUUGUGGAGAAAAUAUAAGACCAAAGAAAGAGCAUUUAAUUGCACUGUCUGCAUCCCCAAGUUAAUUCUUUGUCUAAUUUAUGCAGAAUUUUUUUCUCUAUUUUAAAAUGUUUUUUUCCAGCUACUAUCAUCAUACUUUGGGCUAGUGCACUGCAUUACAGUAUGUGUUAAAUUAUUGCUUUUCCUGCAUUGAACAGCAUCCAUCAUGACAACCACCUGGAAGCAAAGAGGAGACACCUGACAAAGACUGGGAAGGCAGCAAGUCAGCUCGUGAUUGAGUGGCAAGCUCAUUUUCCCACAAGUGAACAGGUUAUGACUCACUAGUAAAAGAUGUAACAGAUUCUUAAUGCACUGGCUCUAAUUUUAAUAACCUUCUAGAAGGGUCUCAGUGGGAGAGGACUUUUUAUCUCAGACUGUAAAUUUGAAGUAGUUACAUCCUGCAAGCAGAGUGUUUCAACUUUUUUAGGGUGCAUUUUGAAAGUAACCAACUUAAACUUUGAGUAGAUUGCGAGAACCAUAAAAAUUGGACAACACUGUAAGAAUAUGAAGGUAAUUUACUUCUUGCUUCUUGCCAGAGGAUGGAGUCAAAACACUUUUAUCAGAUGUUUGAGUGGUCCUGUGUCUGGGAUUGUGGAUAGUGACAUGCAAAGAUCCAAACUGCACUUACUAACAAAGAGUUGCAGUAGCUUUAUCAAGAGAGGUGCCACUGCCAGCACCAGACAGAGCAGCUGUGCUGCCCUGCGCUCUCUGUCCUGCCUGUCCGUUCUAUUGCGAAUGACAAAGGAGUUGUUCCUUUCCCUGUGCACUCAAAACUGUCCUAUGGGGAAUCUGGGCUACCUGAGUGUGCUGUGGCAUGUUAUUGCAAUGCCUAAUAUAUAACUCCAAGAAGGACAACCAAGGGCAGGCAAAAGGGUCUGGUAUGUCAGUUUAUGGCCUUGAGGUGAAGAAUGUCACUUAUGUGACCAUUUCAGAAGCAAAUCAAUAUAAACAGGAGUCCUGUUUCACAGGAACACAAAGGGACAAAUGGAGAGACAGGAAAUCACUAGAAAUCUUUUCCAUCCUCUUCAGAUAUUCAAACAGAAGCAACAAGUCCCAGUUUCCAAAUGCUUACAAAGAGAUCCCAGCCUCCAGAUGACUUAUGGGUGAGCAGCUCUCCUGGGCUUUUUAACACCAUUGUAAUUCCCUCCUAACAAUUCUUCUGCAUGGGGGAUGUCAGCAGCUUUUCACUGUUUGGGGGAAUGAAGUAGUUUCCUGAAAAGGAAGUGGGAAAGAAGUUGUAAGGGAGAUGCUCCAUGGGGCUGGUACUCUCCACUGCAAACUCCUUCUUGGAGAAAGGGAAAAGCAUGAACCCAGCUGCUUUGAUAAGAGGAGUGAGGAGUAAAAAUCAAAUCCUUUCAGAAAUAUAUCUUAUAUCAACACAGUCACAGAGAUACUUCUAAUCUCCUGCUUUUCCUUUAAUGUGUAGGGAAUUGGGGUGUGCAGAAGAGAAGCUUAUCUGAUUCCUGCAGGCAGGUUAUAGACCCCACUCUCAUGCUGUUUGUGGCAUCUGCAACACUUCUCUUCAUAUCAAAUUCCUUCUUUUAAUUUUUCUCUAAUUUUUCCCCCCAAAAGUCCAUUCCAUUUAAUUCUUCAGUUUUUACUUCUAAUAAACAUCUAUUGUUAGUGACCUAAAUGGCGAGUUACCCUCCAAAGGCCCAUAAUUGAUGUUAUUGAUUUGCUACCAUCUGUAUCUCUCUCCCCCUCCCUGUAAACAGGGAUAAACAUUGAUGGUGACUGCUCUGAGACACUGCAUGCCUUGCUGACCUUUCCUUUGAGAUCUCUGAGGGCACAUAAAGGCAGUUGAUGUGCUGGUGGCUCCUAGGUCUUUUGGUCAACAAAACACAUACUCAGACAUGGUUAGAAUUUCAGUAUGUAAUUGUUCACAGAAUCACUUGCUGAAAGCAGGUAUAGCUUGAGCCAACAACGCCUGGAAUUCGAAUAUUCCAAAACUGCAGUGGCUCCAGCUGCUCCAGAUGUUUGAGGACUCUUGCGAGGUUCAUUCCCUGUCAGCUGGGGCAGCAGUGCGGAAGAUGCAUGUGUGGCUUAACUUUAGUGUCAUCCAAUGUACAAGUAGAGAUCAUUUCAAUGCACAAGUAGAGAUCAUUUCCAGUAAUCAUUGUUUCCAUGUUUCCAUGGUUACUGGAGAAAUUUCUAUUUUUGCUUCAUGAAGCUAGAAAAAAACAGAAUGUCUUCCAAAAUCUUUGCAAGGUUAAAGUUAAAUGAUGAGUAGACAAUCUAGCCAUUUUUGCUUCAUCUAUGCCACCUUCUUACUCCCCUUUCACCCUUUCCAUCAAUUUUGACCUACUGAUCCACAGCAAAGCUUCUCCUCAAAAAUAAUCCCAAAGGGGACAGCAAUCAAAUUCUUUCCUAUGCAGUCCUGGAGAGACUUCAGACAUCAUUCAUUCAAAUGAAAAAUAAAAGAAAUAUUGAUUCGAAGGUCUAAAGAGUUUGUUAUUUAUAUAAAAAACAGUUAAAGCAGAUGCAACAGAAGUUGGCAGUAACCUCCUGCUCCAUUUUAUUAGCAAUUCUGCCUACAACGGCUAAUAUAAUUAUUUGUUGAACCUGUCAGCUACAGGUAGGUCUAGUGAAUAGUGUUUAAUGAAACCUCCAUGGAAAUGUGUGUUGUUGUGCUUAAAAAAUUGAGUGGGUUUUUUUUAAGUUUUCAAGACCAGCUGAUACCUCUGUCACCCAAGAGAGCACAGUGACUGGUUCUUAGUUAGCAGCCAGUCUGUACCGACAGAUUCUUGUAAGUCAUGUAGGACCAUUCAAAGACAGAAGCUCAGACCUAUGUGAGCUGUGUGGCUGUUUUAGAUCACUGCUGCUGAACAGUGCAGCCCUGUUGCUCUGAGGGGUGUCACAAAGACGCAGUGUACUACUGGUCUGACUAGAAUUCAAAGGUGUCUGCUUCAUUUGGAUGUACUUCAGUGCCUUUCAAAGUGCAUUUCAAAGAGGAAUAAAUACAGAUAGCCCAAAUGUCCCUCCUUGUGUUCUAAAGGCCCCAGCUUUACAUCACAGAAAUAUCCACUAAUUUUUUGGAGAAAUUAACCAGGAAGUUUACAAGACCUUUCCUAGAGAUCUCUGCCCCAUUUUCUGUGGUCACUGGAAACUGUAUUUUACUAAAACUACCCACUCAAUAUUGCACUUGUAAUGACACCACUGCCACAUGUAAGUCUCUCAGACAAAUAUAACUACUGAGAUUGGAAAGGAGCUGCUUGAAGACUUUGCAAUGCAAAAGAAAAAUGAAAAAGUAGAGAGGAAAAUUAAAAGGCUAAGCCAUGAAAGCAUUUGCUCUAUGUCAUACAUGUGAGGUAUCCCCCUGCUUGCCUAUUUUAUUAGGACUUUAUUCUUUCUAGCUUGUUGCUGUCAAAUGUUUUCUUUGCUCCAUGUGAUUCGCAUAUACAUGGAUAUGGCAUGAAAUAUCCCAGGAACAGGAAUAGGCAUAUUUUACCCUUGCAUAAAUUUCAGCUGGAGAAAUUAAGUUUUUGAAAUCAAAAGACAGUUUUGUUAGCAUCAGAUCCCCAUUGUCUCAUGCCAUGAAAGUGCCUCAGGGUAACCACCACUGGAAAUGGAAAUACCUCACUCCUUCCUCAAGUGCCUUCGGGAGUUUCCUUCAGAAGUCAGUCCGGUUUCAGAUAGUGUGAUCUGGAAAACAGACUUCAACAGUGCAAGUAACAUUCAAAGGAGUUGCAAAGUCAAUCUUUUAUCCCCUCAAAUGGUGACAUUCUAUUGCUUCCUUGCAAAUGAUAUUUUGCAAGAAGGAAGUAGUUAAAUUCCUUUUCAUAGUAAUAGCAAAGACUGACAGUGUUUUUGUCAUGGAAACUUCAAAAUUUAUACUGGAUUGUGUUUUCCUUCAACUCUAUCAUCACUGAGGAGCAGUGCUGGGAGUUCAAAAGACAAGCAACAAAAAGUAUUCUGCUAACAUGUUCCUGUCAUGUGCACUGUGAAUGCAUUAAUUUUUUCUUGAAUGAUGAAACAGGGAGAUCUGUAAAACAACAAUCUAUUUGUAAUGGGAUUCUGCACCUAGAGUCCUGAUACACAGUCUCCUCUGACUUGUGAAAGUCUGCCAGUAUCAGAGUACUAAGUACUGGUUUUAGGGGCAAGAUGAGGGGAAGUGUUUGCCCGGUGAGAGCACACGUGAGCAGCAGAAAGUGGCAAGUACUGUGCUACAUCUCUGCCUGCCCACAGCAAGGCUGGAGUGCUUUGCCAGUCAAGGUCAAUCUGUGCAGAUGGAGUGAACGGUGAAAGGCAGGUGGUGGGAAAAGCACUUUUAAACACAUGCAUCUCCUGGCUGCUCUAUCAUCCAGACUUAAGAUUUUAUCCUCCUAGUUGCUUGAGCCAAAACUUUACUUUGAAUGAUAUUGGAGGGAUGUGAGACUGCUAGAAUUUUGUCCUGCUGACUGAAACAUUUUGGAGUAUAAACUGAAUAUUCUUGCUGAGAGCAAAGCCUGGAUAUUUUUUUUCCUCACAGCUUGGGAGGUCUACUGGAUAGCACAGUAACAUUUUCAGAGUUCUAACUCUGAAGAAAAAAAAUGCCUAAAACAGUCUAAAAGGGAUGAAACUGAAAUGCAGAAGCCUCUUAGAUAACUGUAAUAUAAAAACAUCACAUUCACUAUUCUGAAAUUUGUAGAAACCUGAGUUUACAUCAUAUGGCAGACUCAUAAUUUAAUUUUGAAAGAAAUCAGUGUUCCCCUCCCAGAAUGAUCUGCAGUUGGGACUGGUAUAUGUGGUGUGUUUGUACCCCCAGCACAGUCUGGGGAUUUACAGAAAAAUAUCAGAUUUCUCAGUCCUUGCUGCAGGUGUGGCCUGAGAAGUCAGUUUUGUGUGCAGAGCUUAGGUAGGUCCUGUGGGGAUAAAGGAUUUGCAGAGAGUGAUUGCAUUCUAUGUACAGCUUUGAUCACACUUUCUCUGACUUGUUUUGCAUCACUUCUUUUAAUUGUGCCUGCUGUCUAAUCAAUGAUUAACUUCCUACACAGCCCAUUGGACUCAAGAGGAUGGUGGCCUUAAGCAAAGUCCCUGAAUUCACCCUAGAUACAAAAGUGCCCUGACUCCCUUUGACUGAGGGAUGCGAGCCCCAUUACAGAGAAACAUCUCCUCACAAACCCUCUGAAACCAUGUAACAGAACUGAUUGCACUGUAGAAAGCUUCUGAGCCUGCAUGGGUUGGAGGGUGCUCCCAGGAGUCACCUUCUGGGAGACACCCCAGGAUACCACAGGCUUGGUUUCCAGCAGCACUGGGAACUACAGUCACCCUGGAAAAAUCAAUUCAAUUCAAUAAUUGAAUAUGUUUCCUAAUUCAAAAAGCAUUGUUUCCUAAUUCAAAAAGCGUUGCACCUUGUAUAUCCCAGCAAGGGAGAUGAUAUCUGCAGCCAUGGGGAAAGUGCAAACAGGAUGCUGGUAGGAGUGACUUGAGGGGCAGCCUUUCUAUGAGGGAUUUCCUGGGGUGUCACUGAUGCUGCAGAGCAGUGCUUGAAGAGUUUCAACCUGCCCAGAAGUUGUUUCAACCUGUUGUGAGCCCCCACUUCAGGUUUUCCCUAACUGAGAGGUUUCUCUUGCUGAUGAGGAUGGUUAUCCCUGGCAGUAAUGAAACUCAUCUUUUCAUUUUCUGGAUCUAAUUAGCCUAGAGAUGAUACCAGUCAUAUUCCAUGAGUUACAGGAGUCAGUUGCUUGAGCAGUCUUAAUCUCACAGACAGACCAAACUGAGUUUCUUGUGCAGAGUCAUGGCUCACCGGGGUUAAAAAGUAAUAUGUCAGCGGGCACCUGGAUCCAAGCAUAUCCCUUCUUAGAGAGACAUCAGAUGUGACACAAGUAGGGCGUGUAGGAGGAUCAAACACCAGACAGUAACAGGCUACCAAGAGCAUAUCAGCAGCUGAGUGUCUAAAGCAGCAAUCUGUUCAAACAGCAGUGAGAGGCACAGAGUAUGCGGGGUAGGAAGGGUCAGAUCCAUAACUUCUUUAAUGUUUUAAAAUGGCUUUCUUGGACUUUUUAGAGCACUUCUACAGGCAAGUUAAGAUGUAAUCAAUGCUGGAAAUGGAGGAAAAGGACUGAGUUACAGUAGUAAAAAUCUGUUAUAAAAGUGUACUGCAUUGGCAUGUCUUGAUGGAUGUGGGUGCUCAACCCUUUUUAGAACAUGAAUAUAUAUAUGUAGGUGGCAAAAUACAGAUUUAAACUUCAGCUGAAAAGAUUGUGAACUGAGGUGUUUUACAGGUACCUGUUCUUAUAAUGAAAAAAAAAUAAAAUUCUAGCUCUCAGCCUUUCUCCAUCUUUUCUGUCAGAGCUGUGACAUCUGUUAGCCCACAGGAAGCAUCAGCAUGCUGCAGUACAUCAAGGCUAAGACUCUAAUGCAUGUGUAAGGAGUAAAUGACCUUUGAAUGAGGUAGAGUUUCCAAGUUGGAGAAGAUAUUAAGUCUGACCACUGCAGUUUUUAGCUCAAAGGCACAGUUUACACAUAUUGGCACAGUCUAACCGCAGUACUAAGGUAGUCUAGGGUAGCAACCACCUAUGACCUUAGACUAAAUUUCAGGAUUCCCAACAGACCCUAUGUUAUUCCUCAACAGGUUCAGGGAAAGGUACUUUGAUUCACUCUGGGUGAUAUGUGGGAAAAAACACCAAAUUCUCAGGGGGCUCAAUAACAGACUUUUGCUUGCAAACUUUAGACUAUUAAGGUAGAAUAAUGGCAAAUUUUAAAACAGCAUCCAGACUAUGUAAGGCACUUCACAAACUUUAACUCAGCAAACUUAAACUUAACCAACUUUAACCUUACUCACACAACAAGGAAUUGACUGGAGCUUUUUUAAAUCUGGCUUACAAUAUUUUGAGAAGUUAGAAGAAGAAAGAGACAAAGAUAGAAAAAGAAAAGAAAGAAAGAGAAAGAAAGGAUAAGAGUAGAAAGAUAUUAUCCCUCAUGCAUCUAGUGAUGAGACUUGAUUGUUAAAACUUAGAUGUCCCUUGGUCAAAACAGUGGUCACAGUCUUGAUCCAAUAGAGUUUGGGGAUAGGAGAAAGGCUAUGAAACACAAAGUUCAGUGGGUUGAUACAUGUUCAAGUGUAGGUGGGAAUGCCCAUGUACCUCCCCUGUGGGGGGUGAGUUUUACCCUCUCUGAUGCACCACUGUGGAUCAUGACAGGCCUCUGCUGGAAGGCCCCAAGGAAUGAGUCUGUGGGUGCUUCAGGGGUCUUUGAUGGUUUAUGACACCUUCUAAGACACGGCAGCUACCCUCACAUCAGUGUUGUUAGCCAGUUAAGCCCCCUCAAAAGGGGUGAAUACCUUCAGGCCUAUGUGUAAAUGUCCCAGUACUUCUCCAGAGGGAACUUUUCAUGCCUGAGCCAUUUGUGUAAGGGAGGACAUGAUAAAAAACACUGUUCCACCUGGCAGGAUCUGCUUCUUAUUGGUCUCUUCCCUUAUCUGGCUCAAAACCCAGUAUUUUGUUAGACAAAAUGUGAUUUGUCAUGGUCAUCCUCUGGUGCUCACCCCCUCUACACAUGGGCUAUUACCUUGCACAUUGACAGCAAAGCACCCCUGCGUUUGCAAAUGUCUGACUGUUUGAGCCAUUAACUAUCACAUUUCAGUCUCUCACACCCUAAAAAAGAGAAGCUGAGAAAGCAGAGUACACUUUCUAGGAGGUUUCUAUUUGCUUUAGCAUCUCCUGGAAUAAUCCACUGUCUUAUACCCCACUGAUUGUUACAUCCACUGACUUCACUCUUUUUAUUAGACACGUACAUUUUCAUAGUUAGCUCUGCAUUUAUGCGUGUGCAUGCUGGGUUGUAUAGCAUCUGAAGGGAAAGUGAGAAGAUGAUAGAAUUAGGCUCUUUUCAAUGGCAAGACAAGAGACAGUAAGAACAAAUUGAAACACAGGAGGUUCACUCUGAAUAUCAGGAAACAGUUUUUCUUUGUGUAACAGGUUGCUCAGGAAGGCUGUAGAGUCUCUUUCCUCUGAGAGAUUUAAAAGCCAUCUGGAUAUGGUCCUGGGCAACAGGCUUUACAUACCCCCGCUUGAGCAGGGGAGUUGGACCAGAAGACCUGCAACCAACCUAAAUCAUUUUGUGAUAUUGCAAUUCAGUGGAAUUAUCACACUUUUACAAGUGUUUUCAGUGUUUGUCUCAUGCUUUUCUUGUCUCAGUACAGACACUGAAGUAACUCUAAUAAUGUCUUUGCUAUAGUUGCAAACAAAGCAAAGCUCAUAUACCUGGUGGAUACUUACUGAGAUGUUGGUCAAGAACACCAAAGGAAGGCAUUUUAGAUGACCAAAGAAUGUUUCAGUGAUCUGCUUGUGACUGAAAGUUUCCUACCUGCUGCUGGAAAGGUUGUUACAGAUUUCUGUGCAACAAAUGUUCAUGUCACAGAUAGGGCUCAUAAGGAACUACUUACACUCUCAAAUACUGCUUUCUGUACAACACAAAUGAUCAUUGCAAAGCCCUGGUUUGCCAUAUGAUGUAUGUAGAAAGAAGAAUGGGACAAAAACAGAGCACAUGGACACUGGAAAAGGAAGACUUCAUCCACACUGGAAAAAUUCUGACCUCACAUCUCCUGAUCCAGUACAAAGAUGCUGUUCAUUUAGCCAGUGCCUCAUUCCAGUGUUUCACUGUGGAAAUUCCUAGCUUUGGAGAUGUAGACAGCCUGGUUGGUGCAAGCCAUACUCUUGUCAUCAUCCAGCUCAGGAUUACCCUCCUCAAGCCACUGAAGGUUCCUCAGGAAGCCUCUUCCCUGGAGCUCCAUCUUCAUGACAUAGUCCACCAGGGUACUUGUGAGAUUCAGAACCAGUUGGCCAUCUCUGCUGGAGCCAGCCAAAUGCUCCUCAGUCUCAGACAGCAGCAGGUUUGUUACUCUCACUGUCCUUGUUAGGGAAGAGUGGAAGCUGGUGUUGCUGGAGUCCUAAGGUUGGGUUGCAAGGUGAUGUGCUGCAGCCCCACUGUGUGACUCUCUAUCAGUGAGAACACACCCAGAAAUCCCCUCCACAGCCCACAGUGCCCAUGGGUGUCACCAUGCAGGCUGCACACAGCUGGCUCACAUCAUCUGCUGGCAGUAUUGCUCUCACUCACCAAUGGAUUAUGAUUAGCAAGAUUUUACUGUAAUGUAAACUUUUUUGGUGAACAUGGCUAGUUAAAGGCAAGGGACUGAGAUGAAGCUCAGCCCAUUUUGUCUCCUGAGCUCCUCUUUGUCAUAUCAGAGUGAUUCCAGCUAGCUGGGGCUGCUGCAGCCUGAUCAUAACGUUAAUGGAAAGACAUAUUCCUUCAAAAAAAACCCACCCUAAAACACUGUAAGAGUGAUUUGAGACAGACCUGCACAGAAUAGGUGUGCCAUGCUUUGGUGGAGAUAGAUGUGGGAAAGAAGGAAAAUGGAUGCAGCAUAGGAGAUCAAAAUGGCACCUUCAUCCAGGGGAGCAGGUUUAAAGACAGCUUCAGUGAGGACUGCAGUGAGGAUCAUGUCUGCAGCUGAUGCCAAGUGACAUCUGUGAGCAACUGAUGAGUUGUGAGUUGAGAGAGAAAGCACUGGCACAUGCUCUGCAGAACCCAUUUCCAGAGGCAAUGUUCUCAGCUGCAGGCUGAGGAUGAGGGCACAUGCUGAGAAAUGUUGAAAAUUAACUGAUCAAGAUGGCCAACAGUUUAAGAAAUAAGUCAAAGCAGCACAAUGAAGUUUAAGUAUUUCCUCCUCCAUGUUAAUGUGUGUCACUUGUUACAAGGCUGUCAAGAUUCUCUUUCACAGCCUCUGUACUCCAUCUUCACUUACAGUGUUUUCAGGUGUUUCUUCUUUUAAGAAAAUAAAUUGAAUUAACGUUGCUGACUGCAAACUGUCACUCAGUCUCAA